GCCAAAAACAAAACUGUCAUGUCAGCCGUUCGUCCGAAUUUGUGUCCACAAUUAUCAGAGGAUGUUGUCUCGAAACUUAGAUCUGCUGGUGUUAAAACUGUUGUUGACCUAAUAAAAACAGAUUUGGAAGGUCUCGCUCUUGAAACUUCUUUACCAUAUAAGGACCUUGUCAUCAUCAGAAGACUUUUAUUGGCUCAGUUUUCUACAUUCCCUGUGAAUUGUUCAGAUUUCUACCAGACAACGAUUGCAUCAUCAUCAAUAAUACCAACACCAGCUGAAAAACUGAACGAGUUACUGGAUGGGGGACUGUAUACAUCAGAAGUCACAGAGAUUGCUGGGGAAAUUUCUUCAGGUAAAACACAGUUUUGCCUGAGCCUGUGUGUGUCGGUGGUUAUGAAGGCUAGGCAGAAUGUAGUGUUCAUUGAUACGUGUGGGGGGUUCUCGGCGGACAGACUCGCAGAAAUAGCAGAAUCUCUCUAUGGAGAGGAACAUUUAGAACACAUUCUUCAAUCAGUGAAGGUGAUAGAAGCUUUUGACAUUUUUCAUCUAAUGACAGCAUUACAAACAAUCAAGGAUAAAAUGGUCAAAAAGGUGGAUCCUUUUUAUGAUACUCUCAAACUACUUGUGGUGGACAGUAUCACAGCAGUUAUCUACCCUUCCCUUGGUGGACAACAAAUGGAUGGUCAUGGAUUGAUGGUCCAGCUGUCCCUCAAACUUAGACAUCUGGCUGCAGACUUCAGCCUGUGUGUGCUGGUUGUUAACAAUGUGAUAGGAGAUGGCAAAGUCAGUCUGGGGAAGACCUGGUCACAUGUUCCCCAUUGUCGUCUGCUUAUUUCUCAUCCUAAGGAUCAAGAAUCCAAUGUUAGAGAACUUGUGUUGAUAAAAAGCUCAAGGCUGGCAACAGGUGGCAAGACCAAGAUUGGAAUAACAGAGAAGGGGAUUGAAGAUUGGACGUGAUAUAUCUUUAAUGGAAACAACCAGAGGUACUGAGACUACAUCCUCUAAUUGAUGGCUCCAGUAUUAUCAUAGAAGCUGGCCCUUCCUUCUGGCGAGAGAAGAAAAUUCACAAGAAAUCAAGGAGAACCACAAACAUUACAACUUCAAGGGAAAUUUUGCAUGAGUAAAGGAAGUGAAUUCCUUUACCAUAUCAACUGCUCAAGUUAUGUUCAUGGUAUAUAUUUGCUCAUGGCCAGUGGCAAACCUCAAGAACCAGGAGUUGCUUGAAAUUGUGUUCAUUCAUUAGGUUGGAUCCCGUUGGUCUUUAACUAUGGAAACCUGCAUGCUUGCAGCCUAUACCAUAAUUAAACCAAAUUCUUCAGAUUUUUCCAUCUUUGUGGUCCAAUAGAAGCCAAUAAAGUGUAAAAAUGAAAUUUUCUGUAUAUCCAAAGAAUUUCUAAAUAAAAUCAGUAAAUGCACAUGUA